AUGGAGCAAACAUUGCCUCAGACAGUCGAGAGCCCUGCCGACAUGGAAGCAAAGUGGCAGGAAACGUCCGCACGUCUUUCCAUUGAGAGGGGCAUGCACGACUGGCAAUGUCGGCAAUACUGGAAGCUUGGGAUGAGCUACACUGGCAUAGCCGCGAAAGCCGCGAGCUUAUUGGUGGGUUCCAAAUUCACACUGGGACCGCCGCGCCUGGACAGAGAUGGACUGGUGUUUGUGAACUCGAAUUGGGAUUUGUCAAGAGAUGGCAGAAGAGGAGAUGCGAAUCCACGGCGAAUUCUAGGCCAGCAAGGCCUCUUCCUUGAAAUGGACGAAAUGGAACCCGCACCUUAUGCGACAGUGUCCUAUGUGUGGACAGAAUUCCCAGAAGUGGACUGGGACGAAAUACGGGCGGAGCUGGAAAGGAGAACAGGGAUAAGUAAUCUCUGGGCGGACAGGAUCUGCAUAGAUCAAGACGAUCCAGAGGACAAGGCUAUGGAAGUGAGAAAAAUGUCGUCAUACUAUCUUGGAGCAAGCGCAUGCCUGAUAUUCACAAAACAACAAGGAUUCCUGGAGGCGAUCGAGGAAUGGAAAACCGCGGGGCGCCGGCUUGAUACAAAAGAAUAUCUGGCCGCCUUGGACCAGUGUGUGAGCUUUAUCAAGUCUUCCUACUUCGAAAGAGUGUGGACUAUGCAAGAGUUGGAACUGUCAGCGUUUUGCUACAUAUUGACUCCAGGCGGCUGGGUGGCCGGCAAUGAUAUAGAUGCGCUACUUACUAGCGCAGUUGAUAGCUCAUAUAUAGCAGUCCCUGCUGCGGCUCGCCAUCGCCCUGAAGAGUGUCGACGUGAGGUCUGGAAUGCGGGAGACCCGGAGGGAGGAUUCAGGAGGAUGGUAGCCGUCUUUGAUAAGAGGUGGACGCGCUGGGGUGGAACAGAUGCUGAGUGGUUGAAGAGCAUCAGGAGGCCUUUGAUGGUUGUGUGGCACAGAGCCAAAGGCAGGAAGUGUUCAGAGCAAAAGGAUUACUUAUGGGGUAUAUCUGCGCUGGUAGAAGAUUGGGAAGAGUAUGGAGCGAACUACGAAGAGCCGAUGGCAGAAAGCAUGCGGAAAGUGCUUUCAAAGGACAAGUCGGCAACAGCUAUACUAAGAUGCCGAGAGAGUAUACUUAGACGCCGAGAGAGUAUACCAAGAUGCCGAGAGAGUCAGCAAAAGGGUACUUUGGAUAACUUGUCAGAGCGGUUUCCAGCAAACGUACGGGGACCACGUUAUGAGGAAAACUGGGCAAAGGCGACACCUACAUACCAAGAGGAGCUGAGUUCCCCCAGUUGGAUGCCAAAAUUUACGAUGGGAGUGCCUGACCUGGGACUCGAGGUCCAGCUGGACGAGGACCAUGCAGAAGCGGCAUCCUUUUUCGAGAGACGUAUGGUCAUGGAUGCAGUGCAAGUGUGGCUCAAGAAGGAACCGCUUGACGGAGUUCUCAUGAUUGCAGACACGAAGGGAAAUAUUAUUGCAAAUGACUCGUCUAUUACCGAGAAAAUAAAAUCGUCGGAGAGACAAGACUGGAAGAGGCUAUGGGUGGUGUGCCAGAGACAAAAACCGAAAAGCGGCACAGACGUGCAAUAUCUUGUGCUGCUCGACGGGUUCGAGCACGUUUAUCUCAUCCUGGCUUCCACACUUUGCGCACAGAUUGAGGAGCACCCGGCUAAUCAUCGGGAGCCCCGCUCAUCUACGUGUAAGAAGGGAUGA